AAACGCAUACUGGAAAAAAAAAAGAGUUUAUUUUAUUUUGAACGACUAUCAAAGACAAGAACAUUAAUACGAGUUCACGUUUAAUUCAAAGCAAUAGAGCAGGGAAUAUUUGGUGGCGUUGUGUCGCCGGCUAUUUCUGAGCUUUUCGGCAAGAUCGCGCUGAACAAUCCGACACCAGAACGACGAUGGGGGAAGGGAUCGCUGACAGAAUCGCGGUGAAAAGAUCUCCUUAAUGGCGAUGGAAUGGGGUUCUGAAGGGGAAGCUAUGGUUUCUCUCAUAAAGGGAGACCACAUAUUACACGAGGAAAAGAUUGGAUUCGAGAGGAGAAAGGCGGGGAAAAGAUCCCACGAACCAGGGACAUCGAAGAUGCCUGGAUUCCUCUCCUUCCUUCUCCGGCUUCAGUGCAGCCCUACAAGAAUCCAAUUAGAAGAUCGUCUCCCUUUCUUCCCCGGAGAUCAUUAUGAAUUCUCGACCGGGAGAGUUGCGCGUUUGGAGUCAAUGGAGAUAACAAGGUUAACACGCACCAGGCUGGCCGAUGCUGUGCCAAGCCAUCGAUUGCUUAGUCACUUAUCGUUUCCAAAGCUCCCAAAUGUCCUUUGCCGUCGUUGUUAAGAAGAAAACAAGCCAAGGACAUAAGACAUCAAUCUGUUCCAGCUGUUGUAUUGGUGGUUUCCUUAAGAACCUAUGAUUCCUUUUUUCUUGAAAGUCAAUUCUCAUUUUGCUAUUCUAGUUCAGUAUACGUUUCAAGAAUGUUAAGGAUUUGCUGGAAUUCUAUGUAGGUUCCUCUGAGUGGUUUUCUUUUCUUUCCUUUAUUUGUGGAAAUCUCUUAAGUGGUUUAUCUCUUUUUUUCCUCUUCAGAAAUGCUGGUGGUUCACAUUUGGAAGUUUUAUGCCAUUAGCCUUUGAAAUGAUCGCAACAAAUUAUAAAUUGUGCAUUCUUCAGUGUUCAUUAAUUACAAGAAUGCUAAGCUCGCUUGAAUUCUAGGUAGGUUUCUUAUGAGAGCUUUGCUAUUCAUUCCUUGGUUUUAUUAAGGUUUUCUUCAUCAAUCUUUAUCCAUUUUUUAGACAAAAGAGAACUAUGUAUUCUUUCAUCCUCUUCAGAAAUUAUGGUGCUUUCCAAGUGUCAUGCCAUUAGCCUCUGGAGAUAAUUGCAACAGCUCAAAAACUAAUGCAAAUUGCAUGAAUGAAACUAUCAAAGUAGAGUAACAGAGAACACAAUGGAAAUGCCUUUUUAAGAAAUGGUCAUCUUGAAAUAAUUGUGCAUUAUAGGUAUCUAUUUUGUUGUCUAUUAGAAGUAAUCAAAUAAUGCUUAUUAAGUUAUUUGAUUGUUUAGAGCAACUCAUAGGAACUAAAUUGUUUUAUUUUUAUUUUUAUGAUGAGCCAAAAUAAAAAUAAAAACCAUAGAAUAAAUAGAUUGAGGAUCCUCAAUUUUUUCACAUUUUAUGAGCAGAUGAUUUUAAAUUUUUAAGAAAAUUUUAAAUGUGGAAUGCUGCUAACACUAAUUUUUUGCAUCUCCCUGGAUUUAGGUAAGCUUCUGAUCAAUUUUGUUUAAUGAUUCAAUAUGAAAUUUAGUUUUUGGCUAUGAUGAUUAUAAGUGGUAGAUGUCAUUAACUGUUUCUCUAAUUUUGCAAUGUGUUCUUGACAUAUAAAUUUGAAUUUGGUGACAACCAAACACUUACUUUUCCUCGUCAGGCACUAACUUAUUAAUUAUGCAUUAUUUUUAAAAAAAUGAUAGGAGAUCGUAUUUUUUAGCCUUGAUGAGCUUUCUCUUUUUGUUUAUAACUCCCUUUCCAUACAUUUAGUGGAUGAAGAAAACAAUCAUUUGAUAUUCCUUAUCCUCGGUUUACUAAACAACUACUCUUUGUUUUUUUUUUUUCCUUCUUUUUCUAGUGCAGGAUUAUAAAACUUAUUGAUGUGCUUCUUGCCAUCUUUUAUCAUGUUCUUUUACUAAUCAACAAACAGUUCUGCAGAGACUCAGGCCAUGAUCUUCAAGUCACUUCCAUUGAUUUUCUUUGUGCUAUGCUUCCAUUCCUUUACCACUGCUGACUUGAAUUCUGAUGAGGAAGCACUCCUGACCUUUGCUGCUUCAGUAUCUCAUAUCAAAAGGCUAAAUUGGAGUCAUCAGAAAUCAAUAUGCUCAUCUUGGAUUGGAGUCCGAUGCACCACUGAUAACACCCGUGUAAGGACCCUCAAGCUUCCAGGAUUUGGGCUUAAUGGCUCUAUCCGUGCUGAUACACUUGGGAAGCUUGAUGCCCUUGAAGUCUUAAGUCUCAGAUUUAAUUACCUCAUUGAUCUCCCUCCAGAUGUCUCAACCAUUCUUUCUCUCCGUUCUUUGUUCCUUCAACAUAAUAAUUUGCCUGGAAUCAUGCCUUCUCUUUCUUCGCGCCUUAACAUUCUUGAUCUCUCUUAUAAUUCAUUGAAAGGAGCAAUUCCGCAGGUAUUUGAAAAUCUUACCCAAAUUAGAUCAUUGUUUCUCCAGAACAACUCUCUCUCUGGACCUAUCCCCGAUCUUCAACUUCCCAAUCUUAAACAUCUGAAUCUGAGUUACAACAACCUCAGUGGUGCAAUACCAUUAUCACUUCAAGGGUUCCCGAAGGAGUCAUUCUUGGGCAACCCUUUCCUCUGCGGUACUCCUCUACCCCAGUGCCCAGAAACUCCAGGACACAAAAGGAGUAUCUGGAAAACAGAGGGGGUCACUAUUGCAAUUGCUUCUGGUGUUUCAAUAAUUCUGAUUCUACUAGUAAUUUUAAUCUUGGUAUGCUUUUUCAAGAGGAAGCAUAGGCAACAAAGUAGCAGGGAGCCAGGACAAAGUGGAACGAUUGAGAAACCUGAAGGGAACAGUAGUGCUGAAGAACCAGAGAGGAGAGGGUUGGUUUUCUUUGAUAAAUCUUCCCAUAAUUUUGACUUGGAAGAUCUGUUAAGAGCUUCUGCUGAAAGUAUUGGCAAAGGAAGUCAUGGCACUACAUACAAAGCUUUUCUAGAGGAUGGUACCACUGUUGUAGUGAAGAGAUUGAAGGACGUAGUCAUUAGAAAACGAGAGUUUGAACAACAUAUGGAAAUGAUUGGAAGGAUCAGACUGCACCCCAAUAUAGUACCUCUUCUAGCUUAUUAUUACUCCAAUGAUGAUAAACUUCUAAUAUAUGAUUAUGUUCCUUCUGGCAGUUUCUCCUCCCUCUUGCAUGGGAGCAAGGUUGCUGGAUGUACUCAUACGAGCUGGGAAUCCAGAGUCAAGGUGGCUCUCGGAGCAGCUCGAGGCAUAGCUCAUAUCCACAUCGAAAGUGGUGGAAACCUUGUCCAUGGAAACAUUAAGUCCAGUAAUAUCCUCCUAACCCCGGAACUCGAUGCUCGUGUCUGUGAUUAUGGCCUUGCGCCACUGUUUGGCUCUGCAACUGCAUUGACUCCAUCCAGGAUUGUGGUCGGUUAUUCUUCGCCUGAAGUGAUCGAGACAAGGCAAUAUACAUACAAAUCUGAUGUCUACAGCUUUGGAGUCUUGCUUCUCGAGAUGCUCACGGGCAGGGCUCCACUGCGAUCUCCAGGGCAUGAUGAUUUAGCGGACCUGCCAAGAUGGGUGCAGUUUGUGGUCCGGGAAGAGUGGACUACUGAGGUCUUUGAUGCAGAGUUGAUGUUGAACCGAAAGGUGGAAGAGGAGAUGGUUCGGAUGCUUCAGAUUGCAAUGUCAUGUAUUGCAACUACUCCAGAUCAGAGACCUACAAUGGAGGAGGUGAUGAGAAUGAUAGAGGGCAUUCGACGUUCGGACUCAGGACAGACCGUCCUUGGAGAAGAGCAAGCAUGAGCAGGUCUCGGUCCUGCAAGCAGGGAAAGAAAGCAUGGCAUACGUUGGCUUUGAUGUAGUUAUUUUGCAAAGGAUUUUACGUGUGUUAAUUAAAUUGACACUCUUACGGCAAAGAUGAUGUUUUCAAUGGAGUUCCAUAUU